AUAACUGGCAUUCUUCAGCAUUAUCCAAGAAACUUUCCCCCUGCUGCGGAGACCCAGCUGGGAAGAAAGAAUACCUUGGGGAACGUUUUUCAGCCAACGUUACUAGAGAGCAGAGGUAAAAAGAAGAGAACUCUAUUGCCAAAGGACUGAUAUCCCUAUGAACGUUACAGAGGUUUCUCUUUCUGUCUUCACUGGUAUGAAGGAAAAAUUAUGCAAAUGAACUAUUUGAAAGGUUUGAGGGGUUUUGAGAUUGGAAGAAGAGAAAAUCUGAAUUAAGGCUCCUUGGUGAGGAGGGAGCUGGAGAAAAAGCCUGGCUGUUAAAAGCGGAGGAGGUUUCCUUCGCUCUGGAAGAGAGUAUCUCAGAUUUUGGGGAAGUUUCUAGUGUGCUUCCCAUGCUAGUAAUUGGGCAUAGAAGUCUCUGAGCUUACAAACACUUUCCUAUGUCAUAAUAGUACAAGACACUAAGACUGGGGCAAGAUCCUGACUUGAAAGCAAAAAAGAAGAUAAUUGCCCACCAUUCUUUACCUAUAUUAAGCAACUCUUUCCAGGGCAGUUUUUGGCACGAGCCUGUGUGGAAUGCUCCUCCUCCUCCUCCUGGAAUUACAAUGAGAUUGCUCAGAGCCCUUCAAAGCUUAUAGUGGUUUAGGGUUUGUUUUGUGGUAGGUGGGGUUGUUUAGACUCCCCCCCCAUGAUAGUCAUGAUGUUAUUUUCCCAGAAACUCGAGCACUCUUCCUGAUCUGGAAAUGCCCUGCAGCAAUCAGAAGGAGAAGGUGCGGACUCUCCCAUAUGUGUGUGGUCUCCAUUUCUCCUUCUCCUGCUGAUUUAGCUUGGGAGGGUGCAAGCAGGCAGCGAAACACACCUACUCAGCUGUAUUAUUCUUGGAAUACACAAACAACAAAAACAGCUCCAGUGGGGGAAGCUGGAGACGAUAUCCUUCCCUUCCGCACCUAGUGGAAUGAAGAUGACUGACCCUAGAGAGUGUGACAGUCUGGGGAAGCCCGUUCUGUCGUUUUCCAUUGAGGAGAUCUUAAAGAAACCUUCUUCUAGCAUCUGCCUAAACAAUGCAGCCAGGAAUAGAAGUAGCCACGCCGAAGUAACUCCAGCCCUGGGCUCUGAGCCCCCACUGGAACUUGCCACGGAUUGCAGCAAUGCAUGGAAAUCAGACAACAACUCAUCUUCAACAAAGAUGCUGAGUAAAGCCACAUGCUCUGCACCCGGGACCUACACAAACAUGCUUCAGCCAGUUCACUGCUGGAGAUCUACUGCCAUGGAUACAAGCCCAGCUGCCUUUCUGAGUGACGAUGAAGUACAUGAGCACUUAGAAGGCAAGAGAAAACACAAAGAAGAGGAAGAGCCACUGUGUGAUUUCCCAGCUGACCAUUCACUUCUUGAUGAGAAGAAAGGGAAGCGGAGAAUCCGGACAACAUUCACAGUGGAGCAACUGCGGGAACUGGAAAAGAUCUUCCAAGUCACACACUACCCAGACAUCCACAUGAGGAACCAACUGGCAGCAAAGAUCAACCUUCCAGAAAUCAGGGUUCAGAUCUGGUUCCAAAACCAGCGAGCAAAGUGGAGGAAACAUGAAAAAUUUGGCAAUUUUGGUGGACUCCAGCAUCUAACAGAAGUCAAUUUCAUUCCUGCUCCAAAGUCAGAAAUUUCAGGUUCCAGCCUGAUGCCCAGAAAUCUUCCCAGCACAGGACCUCCCCUUGGGUAUUACUCAGCAGUUCCAGGACUUGUGACAUCAGCCUGGUUGCCCAAUGCAUUUUCUUUCACUUCCCUGCAAAUGGACCCUCAACUCUUCCCUAAACCAUAUUUGCUCAUUGACUACUUUCCUCAAUGUCUCAUCCUUCCUACCCAUAAGAUGGAAUGGAGCAGAAUUUGUGCCAGUUCCACAUAGAAGAGGAGGAGGAAGAGAAAGAGAAGACAUGGAAGACUCUAGGAGCACCCUUUGGUUGUCCUGACAAAUAAUAUUUGUGGGCAGAUGAGGUUCUCUUUAGAACAAGCCUACCCAGACUUUGAGUCUGAGGUCUGAUGUCAGUUUGGUAUAGUAAUAAUACCAUAGCAGAAAGCCAAACCCCCACUAACUCCAAAGAGCACCACUCAGCCAUGGAAAGAGUUCAUUAAUCAUCCUUAUAAACUGCCUACACUAUUGAAACAAUCUGACUUUCCAAAAGGGAUAAUGCACUGAAUAGUCCUGCUGAAGAACUGAGACUUUACUUCAUCCUGAGAGAGACACUAGGUGAUCUUAUUGCAAUAAGAAUGAACAUUAAGACUAUAGCAAAUAACUGGUGUCUAACCAAGGUGGCCUACCUGAUCAAAUACAGGUCUCUUUCCUCGCAUAUAUUGCAUUGUUCCUGGUUCACUGGAUGUGGACAAAGAGAGAAUGUAGGUCAAAAAGCAAACUUAACUUUUAAGGAACUUUGGUUUCUGAAAAGUAAGUGGUCUUGGCUUGCUUGUUGUAUUUGGCCUGGAAUAAAGGGGAACAGGUACCACUUGUGUUUGAGUAUAACAGUCUAAGAAAAAUAUCUGCAUUGAGUACAAUAUUUGGUAUUACAACCUCUGGUCGCAAGAAAAUACUUUAGAUACUUCAUUAGAUGCUUCAUUCUGAGCAUCUCUUUUUGACCUAAAUUAAGGAAGUACUAAAACCCCACCAAAAACAAAAACAGAUGAGCCAAUCGAAUUAAUCUACUAGACACAAGUUACGUCUACACAUUGCCCAUAUGGCAAUGCCAUUACUGCACCAUAUACGUGUUGCACUAUUUUUAGCAGCUACUUUGCCGUAGUGGCACGAUAUAAGAAGAGAGCGCGCCACUAUGGCAAAGUAGCUGCUGGUCACGUUUAGACACCUGUGGAUGCUAUAUCGCCAUAGUGCAUCUCUAUGGAGAUGUAGUCAUGUAGAUGUGCCCAUAAUAGGAUGACUUAAUCCCAGUUAACUGCAGAUCAAGAACAGGGUGGGCUUAAUUGGUUAUGAAAUGUCUGUUUGCCUUAUUAUUUACAUAAUAUUACCCUACUCCAAAACACGUCAUUUUCUCCUUCUUAUUAGAAUUACAAUACCACUUCCACCGACAUUAGUGGCAAGAGGUGUUGGAUUGUGGGUGAGAUUUUGGACUUUCUUAAGCGCCUGUCAAACUGAUAUGUAAUGCCAUCUUCAUCAAUUAUCUACACUGUCAGUAUUGCACCCUAAAGUAAUCUUUAGGGUGUCACUGGCCACAAACUGGUGACCUGUCUCCUAGAGGCAUCACUUAUAGAAGCAGACACAAGUUAACAUUAUUCAAAAGUAAUGGGAGCUGUUGCCAGGUAAUCUGUAGUAGUGGUAGCACCCUUGUGAGCAUGUAGGGGUAGGUUGAUUAUCCUAAAAAGGCUGCAUAUUUAAAAAUGCCUCUGGACAGACAGACAUUGCCUGUAUUUCAGAUUUCUUGUGGCCACUGCCUAGUACCCAUAUACUAGAUCAUGCUGGAGUGGUAGUACCUGCUGUCUGCUACCUAGAUUUGCCCCAUGUACUGAGACUUAUGCUGGGAUCUAUAAACCAUUGGCCAACACCUUGGCCAGAGCAUCAAAACCAUGUCCAUCAGCAGUGUAGUUUUAUUCCUCUCUCAUCAGGACUGAACUGCAUUUCUCCAAAUCAAAUAAAUUCAAUAAAUAAA